AGCAAGAUUCCGUAAAUUACUAGACUCUAGCGUGACGUCAUUGUUUACCGCUUACGUCACUAGACUGUAGCAGACGAACUUCAGUCAUUGGGUGCUGACUGGAAUCUCAUGGAAAAAUGUUGAAUUUUCCAGCUUUGGUGAUCAUGUCAAGUCUCUGCCCCUGGGCCCCAUCUGAUCACCGUGGACUUACUCUCUGUGCAGCAUGUGCUGCCACUUAUUUUCUUCGUAUCUGAUGCUACUCUUUGCCUAUACUGUGCUCCGAGGUAUUGUUCGAAGAGCAAGUAACAAAUCCUUGCCACUGUUUCCACAUAAUUUCCGGUAUGGGUUUCAUGAAGUUAAGAUUGAAGAAAAACCUAGAAUUCUUUCUCCAGUUAGUGGAACAGACAAACUACAAGAUUACAUAAGAAAUGAAGUGCCUGAGAUCAGCUGGCAUAGCAGUUAUGGGAGAUCAGAAGGAAGCCCUAAACAUGAGCCAUGCAGUAGCAAGAUGAUUAAAAAUCAAACAGAUAAAGUAAAGUUUAGAAGUAGGAAAGGAGGAGACUGGUCUAAAAAGCAUUUACACCAUAAAGAAAGAAAAAAAGGUCAAAAUAAGAUAUUUAAAGAUGACAUUAUAUAUGGAAUACACCCAGUUUACCUUGCUGUAUGCACCCAACGCCGAAAGAUUUACAAACUAUAUUACAGAAAAGGUAUAGAAGCAAAUAACAGUAAAAUUAAUGAAAUUCUAGACCUGUGCCACCAAAGAAAUGUUGAAAUUAUUGGAUUAGAACCAUCACAAUUUGGAAAAUACCUAAAGAGUGAUAAAGUACAUCAAGGCAUUUAUUGCAAAGCUAGUCGUCUUUUGAUAGAGAAGCUUGAAGAAGAAGAGAUCCAGGCCUCCAGUAUGAUAAAUAGAACUGUUGAGGGUUUUGAAUUAGGGGAAAGAAAAAGAACAUCACUUUUAUGGCUUUAUCUUGACCAAAUUCAGGAUCCCAUGAACUUUGGAGCUAUCUUAAGAUCAGCUUACUACUUUGGGGUUGAUAGAAUAAUAACAUCUAAUGAACACAGUUGUCAGAUUACUGGGAAUGUUAGUAAGGCGAGUGCUGGAGUGGCAGAAUUGCUGACUGUUUAUGAAGUGGAGGAUGCUUCAAAAUUUUUUGGUUUCCUUCGUAAAUCAAACUGGAAUCUGCUGUCAACAGCUGCUAGUUCUACCAUGUCUAUGCCCAUCAAAGAUUUUGAGGCAAAGGAAAAUACUUUGUUAGUUAUUGGUAAGUUCAGCUUUUAUUUUGUUAUUUACUGUUUUAUUUUAUCAUCAAAACAAAUCUUGUAAGAAAAAAUGUGUUUAUUUGACUUUUAGCUCUUAACAAUAAUUCAGUUAGUUUUUCUCUUAAAAUAUAUGCAAUGUGGGUGUGCUCUAGAUAGUUCUUUAAUGAUUAGAUAUUAUAUACAUAUUUAUAUGACAUCUGUAAUAAAACGGAUCUUAUCCUUAGUGAAAUUAAAUUGGUAAUAAUUGCUUAUAUGUUGUAAGGUAUUUUUUUUAUAUCUGUAAGGCCACAGCAAUUUUUUUUUCUUGAAUAGCAAGCAAGUCUGGUGAUAAUGAAAUGUAAGUAGGAGGAAAAAAAAAAAAAAAAAAAAAAAAAUCCUCUUUACCAAAAUAAGACAAGUGUACCUCCUACUUUCCAAAGAUCGUGCAGGUUCUCUGCGCAUAUUACAAAAUAUGCCAGUACUGAUCAGAAUCGACCACUGACCAUGGAUACGAUAGAUAAUAGACAUAACAUGUCACAUGAGAGGAAGGCAUUUCUGCCAAGUAUAUUUUAUUUUUGUGUUUGGGGAUGGGAGAAAUGAUGCCAUACACAGUGAAUCAUAGACAAAUUGAUUUGUAUUUAUUUUCUUGCUAUUUCUUUCGUGGACGUCACAAUUUCGGUGAGAAAUGAAAAAAUAAAAAAAAUUUGGGAUUUUUAUUAAAAAGAAAGAAAGAAAAAAAUUCUAUAAAUAAAUGUUGGGGGGUCUGCUAUUCAAGAAAAAAAAUGCUGUGGCCUAAGGAAGUACUGACACACUAAAUAUUAUAAUGAAAUUAAAAGAUGUAAAGUAUUUAUCAAAUUAAACACAGACAUAGACUGAAAAAAAAACACAUGCAUGUAUACUUGUUCAAAUAUGUUUACACACAGACACGCUCGCACACAUACUCACACACGCACACAUGCAUG